AUGUCCGGACAGCAAAAAGUGCAGUGUACCUACGCCGACUGCCCAGCUCUCUUCAGCUCCAUCCAGGCAAUGAAGAAGCACAAGGCCCAAGGCGAACACGACUACUGCAGCAGAUGCGACGAGGACUUUGAAGACGAAGAACGCCUCCUCAUCCACAAGAUCAAAAGCAACAAGCACAUCGUCUGCCCCAUCUGUGGCGUUGACUUUCGCAGCGAGGGUGGUCGAGAUGGCCACAUUCGCCAGAAUCAUCGAGCGGAACAGACUAUCAUCUGCCAUGGCUGCAAGGACAUUUUCAAAAGUGCCAGCGGUCUUAUGCGUCACAUCGAAGAGGACGAAUGUCCAGCCAUUAGCAAAACCCGUCUCUUACAGGAACAGUCCAAGAAACUCAUCAUCAAGGAGGCCCUCAAAGCCGGCGAGGGAUCCCCCAUGCCCAUUAUCCCCAAUCCUGUUGAUUUCGACGACAUCGACGGCGGCGUCAAGGUGAACAUGCUCGAGAUGGAAAAUAGGGAGGCGAUGGCUCACCAGCCCAAGCCGGGCGAGGUCGAUCCCACCGCGAGUGUAGAUGCCAUGCUUGCUCUGAAACACUGGCCGCAGCUGGGCGAGCAGAGAAAGAUGGGCAGUGAAGCUGCUUCGCCGGGUAGUGACCUGAUGGCCUUUUCUGACUUUUCUCCUUCGGUCAGAAGCCCUAGUGUCUGGAAGGGGAAGGAAAAGGCUAGAUCUGUCACUGAAACUGAAGUGCAGUCUCCGACUCGCGAGGAGGGCCCGUUUGGCGUUGGCUUGCCGGAUGCUGGUCAGAUGCUUCGUAUUAUGAAUGAGAGCUGGGAUCCGACCAAGUUCUUUAACUCGUUUAGUGGAAAAUACGCUUGUCCUUGUGGUGCGCUGUUUACCGGAAUGAAGGAGUUUGAAGAACAUAUUUUGAUGAAGAGUCGCGCGAGACGUAACAUGCAGUGCCCCGCAUGCCUUCGGAUCUUCAAGAGCACGGCUGCCCUUAUUGCCCACUGCGAAUCAGCUAGUGUCCGAUGCAGCAUCAAUGAUGGAUACCGAUAUGGGCAGAUCAUCGAUGAGCUUAGUGGAGGGGUGAUCCAGGCGAGUGGCUAUAACAACGAUGGAACUGUCAAGUAUGAGGCUGGAAAGUUGGCUCUGCCUAAUAACACGAUGAUUGGGACCGAUUUGCAGGCCGUGAAGAAGUGGUGAUCUGUCUUUUUUAUUUUCUUUUUACACAACUUACGAUGGCAUCUGAGAAGGGGUAACAAGGGCAGAUAGAACUCAAUAUGAAGUCGAUUUAUUAGGUACAAGGGUAUAACAACCGACCAGACAGAACGUCAUUUCCAUAUAUACAUUAUACGUAUAUUCAUUCAUGCUUAACAGCAUUCCUCACAGCAUUCAAAGCAUGCCAAGCCAGCACACACUCCACAACAGACAUCACCAGCUUCACCACCUCCACGCAAUUUC